UGCAGAGCGUGGGAGUGGGUGGGUGAAAGUGUCCACUCGGCUUGCAGCUCCUCAGCUGUGGGCUCUCCGGUCCACUCCACUCCACGGUGAUGUCACAGGAAGCAGUGGGCUGACUUCCAACGUCAAGCAGAAGCCGCCUGAGCUGCGCGCACAGAGCCGCCGCAGGUCGGAUCCCCGAGCCGAGCCGAACCGAACCCGGAGCGGAGCCGCCGGAGCCUGGACGGAGCGGAACCAGCAGCUGGAUCCCCGUGUCUGGUCUGAAGCUGGUCAAUCAUUACCUGAGCGACAUGGCUGAGAGGAAGCUGAACGGCUUCAGGUGGAGCUGGAUGUUCACACUUGUGCUUUUCUGCAAUUUAACAAAGUUUCUGGUGAGAGCCAGCAUGGAGGUUAAUGAAAGCCAGCAGCAGCAUCCAAACAACGUCUACCAUGACAUCGGAAUCACCAGGAACAAGAUAGUGACGGCCCAGUUUGAGUGCUACCAGAAGAUAAUGAAGGACAACACGAACGGCAGACAAGACUCCAUGUGUAACCGGACCUGGGAUGGAUGGCUGUGUUGGGAUGACACUCACGCCGGAGUUACGUCGGAGCAGCAAUGCCCAGACUACUUCCAGGAUUUUGAUCCUUCUGAAAUGGUGACAAAGAUUUGCACAGAAAGUGGUCAGUGGUUUGUGCAUCCUGAGAGCAACCGGACGUGGAGCAACUACACCCGCUGCACUGAGCACACCAAUGAAGGCAUCGUGACUGCGAUGAAUCAUUUCUACUUAACCCUCAUAGGACACGGACUCUCACUCAUCUCCCUUCUUAUCUCACUGGCUAUAUUCUUCCAUUUCAAAAGUCUGAGUUGCCAAAGGAUUACCCUUCACAAGAACCUCUUCUUCUCUUUUGUCCUGAACUCUGUGAUCACCAUUAUUUGGCUGACUGCGGUGGCAAACAACCGGGAGCUGGUGCAAAGGAAUCCAGUGAGUUGUAAAGUGUCCCAGUUUAUUCACCUGUACCUGUUUGGCUGUAAUUACUUCUGGAUGCUCUGUGAGGGGAUUUACCUGCACACUCUCAUCGUCGUGGCCGUCUUUGCUGAGAAGCAGCACUUGAUGUGGUAUUAUCUGCUAGGCUGGGGCUUUCCUCUUAUUCCUGCUUCCAUACAUGCUAUUGCUCGGAGUUACUACUACAACGACAACUGUUGGAUUAGCUCCAAAACGUCGCUGCUCUACAUCAUCCACGGUCCCAUAUGUGCAGCUCUCUUGGUCAACUUGUUCUUUCUCCUAAACAUCGUGCGGGUUCUCAUCACGAAGCUGAAAGUGACGCAUCAGGCAGAGUCCAGCCUCUACAUGAAGGCAGUGAGAGCCACUCUCAUCCUGGUUCCUCUUCUGGGAAUCGAGUUUGUCCUGCUUCCCUACAAGCCUGAGGGACGCGUCUCCUCUGAAAUAUAUGACUACAUAAUGCACAUACUAAUGCAUUACCAGGGUCUGCUUGUGGCAACCAUCUUCUGCUUCUUCAACGGAGAAGUCCAAGCGGUUCUGAGGCGACACUGGAACCAGCACCACAUCCAGUUCGGCAGCAGCAUUGGAAACCACUCGGACGCGCUGCGCUCAGCCUCCUACACGGCCUCCUCCAUCAUCGAGGUGCAGGGCUGCUACACCAUCGACGGCCACACGGAACACCUGAACGGAAAGGGCUUCCACGACACGGACGUCUCCGUCCUGAAGUCGGACAGCACCUUCGCCUGACGUCCGCGCGCCUCCUGACUCUAUCCAUAGCUCCGCUUCCCCCAACAGCCGCGUCGCCAUGCCUCAUCCGUGAAGCAGAGGGGAAACUCUCUCUCUCUCUGUACAGCGUCAGGAAGUGUGUGUGGAAAAGGACUCGGACUCUCAGCCACGUCAUGGAAGUGCAGACCUGUCUGCCGCUCCACCGGUCAGAGCGAGGUACGGUCUUCUGUUGACGGUCAAAGUCUGGACGCCGUCACGCUCCAACAAUCCUGACACAAACGUUUUUAAUCUAAUGCAUAAAAACUGCUGGUUUCUGCUUUUGACGCCUUGUUGUGGACAAAAGCCCUUCGGUUACACUGUAAGAAAAAAAACAAUUUUGAAACGCAGAUAGUGCCAAACUCGACUCGCCGACUCCUCCCUUCUUACCUUUUGUCCAAGAAAUAAUGGAGAUAAAACGUUUAUUUCAUAAUAUAUUAAAGCUACAUCAUAUAGUUUCUCUCUAAAUAUUCUUACUUCCAACAUAUUACCAGACAGUAUUUAUUACAGACCGGCUACACUUUGUUUUCAAUCAGACAGGUGACAGUGAAUGUGUUUGAAAAUCUUCUCAUUUUGAUAGCGAACGUAUGUUUUAAAGAGCGGAUUGUGUCACAUUCCCUUUUCUUACGCUCACGGCUCGGACUGAGCAGACAUUAGAGCUGUUCUGAGUGAAAGCUGCGGAUUGUUGGCUGGGCGACGGCUUCAGGGCGGGGAUACCAGGGUCUGAAAAUCCAUAAAUCUUAUCUCAGGUGUACACAACAGAUUCCAUGGUGUCGGUAGUUAUUGAGGAAGUAGGCAGAAUGGACAGGCUAUGAGGGAAAAACUAAGUACGCCCCAUGAUUUGAUAUCGGCUCCUGGUCAGUUUGACCGUUUGUAAAUGUAUACCUCCGUUUUGUAUCUUUAAACAAUUUUAUUUUUUAGCCAUGUACUUAAAUCAGAGCAUAUCACUGUAUUUCUCCUAAAUGUUACGUUUUAUUUUUAUCUGAAUUAUGGAGAUUAUCAUAACAUUUCCUCAGAAAUAAUGUGUUAGUGCAGAUUGAUAUCAUGCCGUUUCCAUUGAUUGUGGUUCUGAACCCAGUUUGAACCGGUCGACUCUGAUGAAGUUAGGCAGACUAAGACCGCUGAUCAGACCAGAAUCAUUUGGAGUCAUAAAGCCAAAGACUUGAGACUUGACUUAGACGCGUGCUCUAGGACUUGAGUCUGAUGAACAAUCUUUAUGUCCUGAAGUCAGGAGUGAAGGCGAGGCGGCCUGUAAGCAGAAAGGGUCCACUGGAUUCAGCAGCUGGUGAUCUUCUGGACUGAUCUGUAGCUUCAUACCAACAACACCACAGAUGUUCCUCUAACUGAGCCCUGUGUUCAGGCCAGUUCAGUACAAAAUCAACCUAAUAACACGUUAUUCUCCUGCUACUAAGGCCUCUGCAUCAUUGCAAAGACACUUCCUACUUAAAACAAUAAAAGCGCUUCCUGUUUGAUUCAGACAUUCACCGUUCUCAUUUACCAGGGCUGUAAAAAUACACUAACAGGCAGCAGAAACGUUGGUACAGGCCUUUUGGUCCGGCACACAUGUGCUCAGCACAAAUCCAGCAUUGUUUCAAAGCUGAACACGACCAGAAUGUUUAUGUGCACAGAGGUUCGGUCUGUUCUGCAUCUUUAAAGCAACACACCAGAACUCCCAGCAAUCCCUUACGUCUGCUGUUUAAGGAGGGUUGAGGUUUCAUAUUCAGCUACAGUGAUGAUGGACAAAGAAAAGCGACCAAACCAAAGGCUUGUCAGCAUUUUUCAACUCUUUAUUGAGUUGCUUGGCAGGAAACAACCCCUAGCCGAAUGCCAAAAAGACUGGUACUGCUGGUAGCUGAGGUCCAAAUCCUGCUUCCUGCAGCAGCAUUCAGCCUAAAAUGCUGCCGAGCAGCAGACAUGUGGGCAGGAUUCUCUCUGAGAGGAGGGGACAUCCCAGUGACUGGAAUCUUAAGAUGCGUUCAGGGACAACGUGUACACUGGAUCAUCUCUAUAUCCAAACAACUCCAACUGAAUGUAAACCUUUUUAUUAUUCUCAAAUACUAGCGCAGUCUUCCUAAAUAACAAACCUUGAUUAUUUUCAGAUGUUUGUAUCUUUGUAUAAUUUACCUAGGUUAUCCCUGGUUAAAUUUAAUUAAUUAGAGAUAAACAAACCAAAUAUCCAGUCAGUUCUUUACGAGCUGUUCUUUAAAGGAGCAAUAAGCAAUAGUUCACCACUAGGUGGAGCCUGAGCACUGUCUGUAGACCAAAACAAGAUGUGUACCAAGCCACGCCUCUUUCUUUCUCCGCUCCAGCACUCGGCACCCAUUUCCCCUUCUCACCCGUCGGCUUGUAUGAGCCUAUUUGCAAAGGAUAAAAACACAGCAAAACCGUUCAAAGGAACAUGUCUAGUGAAGAAGUAAGUAACUCAUAACUUUAUAAUGCUGUUAGCUAGAGAACUUUUUGAUCCGAUGGCCGUGCUCUCCGCCAUUUUGUGCCUGGCGGUGGCAUUUAUGGUCAGGGAGGGGGCAGCUGUUCACGUGCACGUACGUGCACACGCGGGCAGUCCUGCUACGUAAACAAGACAUUGGAGAACAACAGAGAGAUAGGAUGUGAUGUAGUCCAUCUAAAAAUAUGCCUUUUGUUCUUCACAAAAUAGUUUUUUGUUCUACAAUAAUGACAUUUUUCUUAUUGCUCCUUUAGAGUUCUGAAACAUAAUAAAAUUAAUGAAUUAGUCAUUAGCCACUGCUGAAUAAAGUUUAAAAAAGUAAUUUUUUGUCUUGAUCGAAGGGUAGCAGAAAAGUCAGAAUUGUGACUGUAAAACCGAGGUUCUGUCCCCUAUCAUUUACUCUCUACACCGCCCGCUAUCGGUUAUGUCAUAAUUUUCAUGGUGGAAAAUGUUUACUGCUUAGUCUUAAAGCUGCAGUAGGUAACUUUUGUGAAAAUAUUUUUUAGAUAUUUGUUAAAACUAUCACUAUGUCCUGACAGUAAAAUAGAAGACAGAUAAUCUCUGAAAAAAAUCCAGCUCCUCUGGCUCCUCCCCGUGUUCCCACUGCCAUUGGCAGAAAUGCAGCGCUCCCGGUCAGAAACAACCAAUCAGAGCCAGGAGGGGUGUCUUAGCGGUGUCAGAUAACGUUUGUGUAGGCGCUGCUGACACCCCUCCCCUGCACAAUGCGUACCAUUAUUCAGGAAGGUUUGCUUGUUAAUAUUUUCAUGCUAAAUCCACUUUUUUCUCAGAAUUCCCUUCUGCAGCUUUAAGGGUUAAAUGCUAAUUUACAAUACACUGCAUAAUGCCAUACAUGAAGAAGCAGGGAAACGAUAUUAAGGUAUAUAUCAACAAAGACAAGUUUUAAUCUCUUUUCUAAUUUUUCUCUAAACACAACGUACUUCUAAAACCCAAGGGGGAAAUUAUACACUUUGACAUAAUUUUAAACAAAAAAAAAUUAAGCAACAACUCACAACAGUUUUUUCAAUGUUGAAUUAUUUGUUAAAAGAUUAGAAGAUAAUUGUUAAAUGCUUCUGUUAAAUUAGGCUUAACUGGAUUUGAACUGUUAUAGGAAGACUCGUUAGUGGAGAAAAGGUUUGUUUCAGUCAUGGGAGACUUCAGACUUGACUUGGACUUUUCAUCACUUUUCAAAGCAGGUACGAAACGGGUUGGUAUGAACUGAUGCACAGUCAGUGGAAAUGGCCCGAGCCUCAGAAAACAUUGGUUACAAGACGACCAAAACUGCAGUGGUACAAAAUGGUCAGCUUUUAAAGCCAGAUGGCAGCAAUUGCUUGAACUGUACUGCUCUUCUUAUAGUGAAUCUUUCAGCUCAGAUGUCAAAACUGAUCCCAAAUCAAACGGAGAACUCAGAAAAUGCUUGUUAGAGGAAAAACUGUUGUGCGGGAAGCCAGUCCUGAAGGUUGAUUGUGUGUGUUUGAAGAGCUGUUUUUCUAAAAGGGUUACUUUAAGGCCAGUAUAGAUGAAUUAUUACAGUAGAAAUAUAUGUAUUUUUUGUGUUUCUUGGAAAACAAAUUAGAACACAGAUGAUGGUGCAAUAAAAUGGACAGAAGAUUUAAUUACACCAAAGAGAUGAAAUGAUAGAGAAAAACAUGCACAGAGCCCAGUUUUAAUCUAUUUUCCAACUGAAAAGAACUAUUAUUUUUGUUGGUUAAUUAUUUCUUAUUAGUAUUAUUUUUUUGUCCUCCUACCAUACAAGUGAAAAUGGAUUUUUUGGUAUAUCUUUGUUUUAUUUAAUCUCUUUUAAGUGUUGUUUUUUUAUGAAAAUGGCCCUGUUUCUGUCGACCAGACGUUUUCAGGUUGCUCUUUAGCAUCAUCAGCGUGAAGAAAAAAACAGUUCUGGAUGAUGGCCGCACUCCCGUUUUCACAUGCAGCGCUGCUUAGAUCACCCCCCCCCCCCCCCCCCCACAUCCCGUUUUCCCCUGGGUUUUAGAGGCCUUUUCAGGAUCCGGUCCCUAGCGAAGGGAACUCGAGUCAGUUUCAGCUGAUGUAAAUAAUUUUGUACAUCCAACAAGUUUUGUUAGAGACGAUGCGAGAUGAUGCCUGCAUGAUUUCUAUAUAGACAGUGUUUCUGUAAAUUCAGAGCAUCCGCACACGGCUCCUGCGUGUUGUAGAGAGAGGGGGCGGCUACACUGAGCAGGAACCCUCUUCAUGCUACUGGAUCCGCCCGCCGCUCUGACCUGUCAUCAUGCCCGUCACUUUGUGUCACCUCUCCAUUGUGCCUGUGUUAGGAAGCAUGAAGCUGAUAAGCUCCAGUUGUCUCGCACACACUUCAGCUCCGUCAACAAAAUCGUUGCUGGGUAUUUGUUCAUCGAUUGAAUGUCUCCGUUUUCAGUCUUUAAUUCAGCUGUGAUGACUUGCAGGAUUCAGCGCAGACCUGGAAGAGCUCUGUCUGCAGGAAACAGUACUUUAGACCCAUUAGAAAACACAAACAGCCUUGGUAGAAAGAAAGUACACCCUUGUUCAGUUCAGCAGUUUUGCAACCAUUUACGUCUAACCUCAGGUGUGAAAAACAGUUUCCACAGUGUGAGUAUUGAUGGCCCAGCAGUUUGUAGAACAACCAUCAGCAGCAAUACCUUCCAUCUUUGCUUUUCUGUGUCACACAUCUUUGUGGAGGAAUUUUAGUCCCCUCUUGUUUCAGUUCGCAGAGUUCUGCAGACGUUUGUUUCUGGACAACUAAAGUCUUGACUUUGACUAGGCCAUUGCAAAACCUUUUGUUUUCUUUUCAGCUGUCCUGCUGUAGAUUGGCUGCUGUGUUUGGGAUCAUUGUUCUGUUGACCCAGUUUGGACCAAGCUUUAGCUGUUGGACAGAUUGUAGAAUACGUUGGUAGACAGAGGAGAUCAUGGUCCAGUGAGAGAAUGCAAGGUAGCCAGGUUUUGUGGCUGCAAAACAAGCCAUGGUUGACAAUUGGUAACAUAUGGUUUGUGAUGAUCUGCUGUUUGGUUUCCUCCAGACAUGGUACUGUGCAUCAAGGUGCAACAUCUCUACUCUGGUCUCCUCUGUCCAGAGGGACAUUGUCCCAGAAGUCUGGUCCUUCAUCCAGCAGCAGCUCUGCUAACCUCAGUCCUGCUGCCAUCUUGUUUCUAGAGAGAAGAGGCUUUCUCCUUCAGCCCUUCCAAGCAGCCAGACUGGUUCAGUACCAUGUCUUUUAACCGUUAACCUACUAACUGAGGUCUGUAGAGUCUGAGGUGGAGCUCUUGGGCUUCUGGUCAUUUCUAUGAGCUUCCCGCUCUGAUCUUGGGCUGAACCUGCUGGACGUCCACUGCUGAGAAAGUUGGCAGCUGCUGAGAUGUUCUCCUCCUGGGGAUAAUCUUCCUCUCUGCAGGAUGAUGGACUUCAGAUGGUCUGGGGAUGACCUUUGAACCCUUAUCAGGCUGAAGAGGAGCAACAGUUGCUGCUCUGAGGUCAUUGCUGAUGUCUUUCCAACUUGCCGUUGUCGGACACACCCCCGUCUGCUUCAGAGUAGCAAACAGUUUUAUUUUUAUGUCACCCGCAGCUUUUCCAUUUAGGCUUCAUGUCUGUUUUAUGGGGAAAGACAGUUUGGGGUCUGUUGUGUGAUAAUCCCAACAUGAUUGUUAGUGUCUGUGUGCAGAAAUCUAUAAUUGAAAGAGGGUUUACUUUCUUUUCAUCAUGACUGAGAUCUCUCUUUAAUAUCAAGUCUACAUGAUCAUCUGUCUAAUCUUUGACAGUACUGUGAAAGUUAUAAUCCAGGAGUCGGAGUUAGACCUAUCAAACUGUUUUUGAUGCUUAAUCUAUCAUAGAGUUAUUGUAAACUCAUCCAAACUGUGGUAAAGCCAAAGGUUUUUGGCAAAGUGUUGUACGUUUUGUAUAUUUAUGUGUGAAAUGUUUUCUUAUGACUCUCCAAAGAGUUUGUGAAGUCCCCAGUGACACUUUGGUAAACUGUUGUAAAGGAUGACAAACGCAUUGAGGACAAUGUCUGUAGUUUUUGUUCCUAAUGUACUGUAUCUUACUUUAAUAGUCUCGACACAUUGACUCCACACUGCUGUUUGAAUGUUAAUGGUUUUGUUUUUAUUCCUUGGAUGUGAAGAACACAAACACACACAUAUAUAUAUAUAUCUAUAUUUACAUAUCAAUGUUUCUCUUUUUAAUAUGUCAGUGAACUAGACAAUGUUGCUAUGUUGUGUGUAUCUGCAUACUAAAACAGUAUAGCACAGCACGA